ACGAUUUCUUCGUUUGCUGCCUGCGUCGCGUUCACGGCCGUGUCCCUGUAUAUUUCGUUCCUGCGCUCGUGGCUCACCACAGCUCUCCUGGAGGUGGCGCCGCUGUUUGAGUUCUUCCUGCGCGCAUCGGUCGACGCCUACGUGGACUAGAGAAACAUGGACGCGAGUCUGAAGGAGACCGAGUAUGACGUGCUGCUCGUGGGUACAGGCAUGGUGGAGGGAAUCCUGGCAGGCGCAUUAGCACGAAUCGGCAAGAAAGUGUUGCAUCUGGAUCAGAACGACUACUACGGCAGCAACUACGCGUCAUUUCCGUUGACUCAGUUCCUGCGGUGGACGAAGAACGAGGCCAUUGCCCCUCGCAAUUUCGGUGACGAACUAGAAAAUAGUGGCAAAGAGCCAGUUGCCAACGCAACUGCCACAAUUGGCACGGCAACACUGCAGAUGUUGCCUAUGCAAAACUCCUUCGAGUGUCGUCUACUGGAAGAGGGUUUCUCGGACGACGCAACAAAAGAGGAGCUGUUGCAGAAAUCCUCGCACUUCAGUAUCGACGUGAAUCCUCGCCUCAUGUUGUCCUCGGAGCAACUGGUGGAGACGUUGAUCACGUCCGGAGUGGGGAGAUACCUCGAGUUUGCAGCAAUUGAACGCACCUACGUGCACUUCCAGCCUUCCACUAAACCGGAGGGAGACACCGAUACAGUGUGGGAAGUGCCGUGCUCGAAGAAGGAUGUGUUCCAGAGUAAACUACUGGGAAUGGUGGAGAAACGGCAACUCAUGAAGUUUCUGCAGUUCGUGGCGGACUAUGGCGAGACGCACAUUUUGCACGAAGACGUCAAGACCAAGAACGAGCGCUCCUUAGCUCUCGGUCGAGCGCUUAAGAGGCCGCAGAACAAAGCCAGUCAAGCAGACACAGACGCCGAACUCGCUGCGUAUCUCGACAAUCCUUUCCAGGAACUACUGGAAAAGCACUUUAAUCUCUCGUCAAAGUUGCAACAAGUGGUCGUGUACUGCGUCGGGUUGGCCAGUUUUCCCGCCACGAAGAACCAGCUUUCGGCUCGCGACGGACUUGCUGCGGUGUAUCGCUACGUGGCGUCUAUCGGACGCUUCACCGGCACGGCGUUCUUAGCGCCACUGUACGGGAUCAGCGAGCUCGCGCAGAGUUUCUGUCGUCUUAGCGCGGUGUACGGCGGGAUCUACGUGCUCAGAGCGCCGAUUGACGCGUUCGUGCUCGAUACCGAGACCAAGGAGCUCGUGGGCGUGCGGUGCAGUGACGGCGACGUCCUCCGAGCGAAAUCCAAGGCAAAAGACGCGGAAGAUGUACAUGUUGCAGCUAGCGUGUCGGAAAAUGAUGCUACGGAGUCGGAAUGGAGCGAUCGGAUCGCUUGGCGUGUCAUCUUUACUAUGGACCACCUCGCGUCCGGCGACAUUGAUGCCAGGGCGAAGACUGAAGAGCUUCCUACGAACGCGUGGGUGUGCGAGACGGUUACGGGGGGAUUACGGGGGGUCAGUCCGUUAGAGAUCCACUUAGAGAGUGCGAGCGCUAACGCCCGCGCCAUCUUCGAGGUUCUGUGUCCGGGCGAACCGUUCUUGCCCAAGAGCGCGAGUGCAGAGCAGGCGGAGCAGGAAGAGCAAGAAAGCGAGGAGGACGCGGUGCUCCAAGCAGCGCAGAAGCUCGCGCAGCAGACGCAGCUGAUAACAGGGUUGGUAAGGUAG